AUGGGUAGAAUGGGUAUGGGGGAGAAGUGGAACGAUUGGAUCAAAUUUUGUGUAUCGACAGCCAAAUUCUCUAUAAUUGUGAAUGGAAGUCCAAAAGGAUUUUUUGAAAUCUCAAGGGGGAUUAGGCAGGGUGAUCCUUUGUCCUCAUUCUUGUUCGUCAUUAUUAUGGAAGCUUUUUCAAGAAUGAUAGUUUUUGCUGAGAAUUCUAACCUCAUUAGAGGUGUGGAUUGUGGGGUGAAGAGGUCUCCAUUUGUUAUUUCUCACUUGCUUUUCGCGGAUGAUACCUUAUGCAUGAUUCAAGCUACCCGCCGAAACUUCAAACAUCUUCGCGACAUUCUCUGGUUGUUUGGAGCUUGUUCUGGAUUACGAGUUAACCUUAGUAAGUCUGAGAUUUUUUCUCAAACUCAGUCUCCAACCGUAGGAAAAUGGCUCUUGCGAGUGAUACUGGGAUUCGACAAUUGCGAAAAUGGAAAGAAAGUUACCAAUUUGGAAGAACAAGAUGAUUUCAAAAGGUGGGAUAAAGUGAAGAAGUUUAAAGAUCAAGGGGGUUUGGGUAUACGGAACUUGAUUUCGUUUAACAAAGCUCUUUUAUCAAAAUGGUGUAGUAGAUAUUCCUCAGAGCCUACCUCUUUGUGGGCUACUAUGAUCAAGUGCAAGUAUGGGAAUGAUUGGUAUGGUUGGUUCUCCAAACCUAUUAACCGUGUAGUGGGAUGCGAUAUUUGGAGUGGCAUCUCGGUAAUAUGGAAGACUUUUCGUGAACAAUGCAGAUUUUCAGUAGGCGAUGGCUCUUCGAUUAGUUUUUGGGAUGAUGUUUGGUGUAGUGUUAAAAGUCUCUACUCUUUAUUUCCAACUCUUGCCUCAAUCGCUAUUUGUAGAGAUGCUACAGUUAAUGACAUGUUUGAUAUGAGCUCUAAUGGUUUUUCUAUGAGAAUCAAGUAUAAGAGAAGACUUAAUGCUGUUGAGUUAGCUUUGCAUGAUAAAGUGUUGAACUUGGUGGGGCGCAAAGAGGUGAAUCCGUCUUCGCAUGAUAUUAUGCGUUGGCAAGAUAUUGAUACCUUUAAGGUUAGCUAUUGCUACUCCUUAAUUGCUGAGAAUGCACCUUACAAUUUUAUUUGGAAGAAGUUAUGGGAGUCUAAACUCCCAUUGAAGAUCUCUUUCCUUGAAUAG